AUGUCCAACGAUAUUCCAAUUGAUUUCACUGAAUUGGCUCAAUUGACCCAAUUAGGGAUUCAACAAUCAUCCUUGGACUUCAAAUCAACCACUUUAGAAUCAGAUCAUUAUGUUUGUAUCCGUGAAUCCGGACCAAGUGGUAAUUCAGUGGCAAUUGUCAACUUGAAAAAUAAUAAUGAAGUUACAAGAAAGAACAUGACUGCUGAUAAUGCAAUCAUGCAUCCAAAAGAAUUUGUUAUCUCUUUGAGAGCAAAUGGUACUACUUUACAAAUUUUCAAUUUAGGUACUAAACAAAGAUUAAAAGCUUUUACUAUGAAUGAACCGGUGAUUUUUUGGAAAUGGCUUAAUGAUCAAUAUUUAGGUUUAGUAACAGCUUCAAGUAUUUUCUAUUGGAAUGUGUUUGAUGGUACUAAUGAUGGUCCAAUAAGGUUAUCUGAAAGACAUCAUACUUUAUCUCAAGCUCAAAUUAUAAACUUUGUUGCUGAACCAGAUUUAAACUGGUUUGCAGUUACUGGUAUUGCUCAAGAAGAGGGACGUAUUGCUGGUCAUAUUCAAUUAUAUUCCAAGUCUAGAAAUGUUUCUCAACCAAUUGAAGGUCAUGUUUGUAAGUUUGCCUCGAUUUUAUUGCCUGGUGCUACUCAACAAACUAAAGUUUUCUGUGUUGGUAACAAGAAUGCUCAAGGUCAAGGUAAUAUGCAUAUUAUUGAAAUUGAUCAUGUUGAAGGUAAUCCUCACUUUCAAAAGAAAGCAGUUGAUAUUUUCUUCCCACCUGAUGCCACUAAUGAUUUCCCAAUUAGUUUACAAGCUUCUAAUAAGUAUGGUAUUAUUUAUGUUUUAACCAAGUAUGGUUUUAUUCAUUUAUACGAUAUGGAAACUGGUGCUAAUUUAUUUGUCAAUAGAAUUACUGCUGAUCCAGUCUUUACUGCUUCUAGUUAUAAUGAUGAUACUGGUAUUUUAACUAUUAACAAAUCAGGUCAAAUUUUAAGUGUUGAAGUUUCUCGUGAAAAGAUUAUUCCAUAUGUUUUGGAAAAAUUAUCAAAUGUUCAAUUGGCAUUAUCUUUAGCAUCUCGUGGUGGAUUCCCAGGUGCAGAAAACUUAUUCCAACAACAAUUCCAAAAUUUCUUGAAUCAAGGUGAUUAUACCAAUGCUGCCAAAGUUGCUGCAUCUUCUGAACAAUUACGUACUCAAGAUACUAUUAACAAAUUGAAGAAUAUUACUCCUCAACCAGGUCAAAUUUCUCCAAUUUUACAAUAUUUCUCAACUUUAUUAGAUAGAGGUACCUUAAACAAGUAUGAAUCUAUUGAAUUGGCUAAACCUGUUUUACAACAAGAUCGUAAACCAUUAUUUGAAAAAUGGCUCAAGGAAGACAAAUUAACUUCUUCUGAAGAAUUGGGUGAUAUUGUUAAAUCAUACAAUGAUCCAGCUUUAGCACUUGCUGUUUAUAUUAGAGCAAAUGUUUAUAUUAAGGUUGUUUCAUGUUUAGCUGAAUUAGGUCAAUUUGAUAAGAUUUUACCAUAUUGUCAAAAAGUUGGAUUCACUCCUGAUUUCACCAAUUUGAUUCAAAAUUUGGUUAGAGUAAACCCAGAUAAAGCUAGUGAAUUUGCUACGUCAUUAUUAGCAUCUCCAGAAACUCAAUUAAAUGUUGAAACCAUUGCUGAUUUAUUCUUUUCUCAAAACUAUAUUCAACAAGGUACUGCUUUCUUAUUGGAUGCUUUAAAGAAUGAUUCACCAGCUGAAGGUCAUUUACAAACUAAAGUAUUGGAAAUUAAUUUACUUCAUGCUCCACAAGUUGCAGAUGCUAUUUUAGGUAAUCAAAUGUUUAGUCAUUAUGAUAAACCAACCAUUGGUAAAUUAUGUGAGAAAUCGGGAUUAUUCCAAAGAGCAUUAGAACAUUAUGAUGAUUUAAAGGAUAUCAAGCGUGUUAUUGUCCAUACUAAUGUUUUACCUAAUGAUUGGUUAGUUUCAUAUUUUGGUGCAUUAAAUAUUGAUCAAAGUGUUGAAUGUUUGAAGGAAUUAUUAUCUAAUAAUAUGGCGCAAAAUUUACAAGUUGUAAUUCAAGUUGCUACUAAAUAUUCCGGAUUGAUUACUCCACCAAGAUUAAUUAAGAUUUUUGAAGAUUAUAAAUGUACCGAAGGUUUGUAUUAUUAUCUUGGAUCAAUUGUUAAUUUAACUGAUGAUCCAGAUGUUGUUUUCAAAUACAUUCAAUCUGCUGCCAGAAUGAAUCAAACUAAAGAAAUUGAAAGAGUUGUUAGAGAUAAUAAUGUUUAUAAUGGUGAAAAAGUUAAGAAUUUCUUAAAGGAAUUUAAAUUAGAUGAUCAAUUACCUUUGGUUAUUGUUUGUGAUCGUUUUAAUUUUGUUCAUGAUUUGAUUUUAUAUUUAUACAAGAAUCAAUUCUUUAAGUUUAUUGAAGUUUAUGUUCAAUCGGUUAACCCUGCCAAUACUCCACAAGUUGUUGCUGGUUUAUUAGAUGUUGAUUGUGAUGAAAAUAUCAUCAAGGGAUUAUUAUUAUCUGUCUUGGGUAGAGUUCCAAUUAAACAAUUAGUUGAAGAAGUUGAAAAGAGAAACAGAUUAAAGAUUUUAUUACCAUUUUUGGAAAAGACUUUAGAAAGUGGAUCUACUGAUCAAGAAGUUUAUAACACCCUUGCUAAGAUUUAUAUUGAUUCUAACAAUUCUCCAGAAAAAUUCUUACAAGAGAAUGAUAAUUAUGAUACUUUAGCUGUUGGUAAAUAUUGUGAAAAGAGAGAUCCAUAUUUAGCUUAUAUUUGUUAUUCUAAAGGUGGAAAUGAUGAUGAAUUAAUUGCAAUCACCAAUGAUAAUAAGAUGUAUAAAUAUCAAGCACGUUAUUUAUUAGCUAAAUCCAAUGAAGAAUUAUGGGCCAAAGUAUUAACUGAAGGUAAUAUUCAUCGUCGUCAUUUGGUUGAUCAAGUUAUUUCCACAGGUGUUCCAGAAUUAACUGAUCCUACUCCAGUUUCAAUUGCAGUUAAGGCAUUUAUGGACAAUAAUCUUCCUGACGAAUUAAUGGAAUUAUUAGAAAAGAUCAUCUUGGAACCAUCUCCAUUUAAUGAAAAUGCCUCAUUACAAAACUUGAUGAUUUUAACUGCAAUUAGAGCUGAUCCAUCUAAGGUUUCAAAUUAUGUUGAAAAAUUAGAUAAAUAUGUUCCAGAAGAAAUUGCCCCAUUAUGUAUUGCUAAUCAAUUAUAUGAAGAAGCAUUUGAAGUUUACGAUAAGUUUGAAUUAAGAGAUGAUGCCAUGAAGGUUUUAGUUGAAGAUAUUAUGUCAUUAGAUCGUGGUGAACAAUAUGCUGAAAAAUACGAUACUCCUGAUUUAUGGUAUCAAUUAGGUACUGCCCAAUUAAAUGGUUUACGUAUUCCUGAAUCGAUUGAUUCAUAUGUCAAAUCGAGGAAUCCAAAGAAUUUCGAACAAGUUAUUGAAAUUGCUGAACAUGCAGGUAAAGAAGAAGAAUUGAUUAAGUUUUUGGAUAUGGCUCGUGAAUCUUUAAGAGAACCAGUUAUUGAUGGUGCUUUGAUUAAUGCAUAUGCUACUUUGGAUAGGUUGGCUGAUAUGGAAAGAUUUGUUGCUGGAUCUAAUGUUGCUGAUUUAGAAAGUAUUGGUGAUAAAUUAUUUGAAGCUAAGAAUUAUAAGGCUGCCAAGAUUUUAUAUUCUUCCGUUUCUAAAUAUAGUAAAUUGGCCACUACUUUGGUUUAUUUAGAAGAUUAUCAAGCAGCUGUUGAUUGUGCUCGUAAAGCAUCCAAUAUCAAUGUUUGGAAACAAGUUAAUGCUGCAUGUAUUGAAAAUAAGGAAUUUAGAUUAGCACAAAUUUGUGGAUUGAAUUUAAUUGUUGAUGCUGAAGAAUUGCCGGAAUUAGUUCAAACAUAUGAAUAUAAUGGAUAUUUCAAGGAAUUAAUUAGUCUUUUUGAAAGUGGGUUAGGAUUAGAACGUGCUCAUAUGGGUAUGUUUACUGAAUUGGCAAUUUUAUAUUGUAAAUAUUCUCCUGAAAAAGUUAUGGAACAUUUGAAAUUAUUUUGGUCAAGAAUUAAUAUUCCAAAAGUAUUAACUGCUUGUGAACAAGCUCAUUUAUAUCCUGAAUUAAUCUUUUUAUAUUGUCAUUAUGAAGAAUGGGAUAAUGCUGCUUUAACUAUGAUUGAAAGAUCAGAAGUUGCAUUUGAUCAUGCAUCAUUCAAAGAAAUUAUUGUUAAAGCACCAAAUUUGGAAAUUUAUUAUCGUGCUAUUCAAUUUUAUUUGAAUGAAAAUCCAGCUUUGUUGGUUGAUUUAUUAUCAGUAUUAGCACCAAAAUUAGAUUUACCAAGAGUUGUUCGUAUGUUUGUUAGAUCAGAUAAUUUACCAAUGAUUAAACCAUUUUUACUUUCACAAUUGGAAAAGAAUAAUUCCGUGGCAAACUCUGCUUAUCAUGAUUUAUUAAUUGAAGAAAAGGAUUAUAAAUCUUUAAGAGAUGCUAUUGAAAAUGAAGCAAGUAAUAGAUUUAAUAAAUUAGAUUUAGCUGAAAGAUUAGAAAAUCAUGAUUUAAUCUUUUUCAGACAAAUUGCUGCUACAUUAUAUACCAAAGAACGGAAAUUCAAUAAAGCCAUUUCAAUUCUUAAGAAUGAUAAAUUAUGGUCAGAUUUAUUACGUACUGUAUCAAUAUCCAAAUCCACCAAGAUUGCUCAUGAAUUAUUAGAUUAUUUUGUUGAAACUGGUAAUCAUGAAUGUUUUGUUGCAUUAUUAUAUGUAGCUUAUGAAUUUAUUGAAUAUGAUUAUGUGGUUGAAUUAGGUUGGUUACAUAAUUUAGGUAAUUUUAUUAAACCAUAUGAAAUUUCCAUCUUGGCGGAAAAUAAAUCAAAAUUAAAUGAAGUUUGGUUAGAUUUGAAAAAGAGAAAAGAAGCUGAACGUAAACAAGAAGAAGAACCAGGAAUGGGGGGACAACCUUUGAUGAUUACUAAUGGACAGAUUGGAAGUGCUGGGAUUAGUUAUCAAGGUACUGGAUUAGGAUUCCAACCUACUGGAACAGGAUUUGGAAAUGUCUUUUAG